UUUUACGAACCCUUGUUUUGCUUCCGGUGUGAUUGUCCCAAAUGCUAACAUCUCAUAGCAGAUAACAGGACGAAUAAUGGGUAAAACAGACUUUAGAUGUAUUGAAUGUAACGAAAAAGCAACGGAGUUACACAGGGAUUACAGCAACGGGAUCCUGAAGACAACAAUAUGUGAGUCCUGCCAGAAACCAGUGGACAAAUACAUUGAAUAUGACCCAGUUAUCAUCCUCAUUGAUGCCAUACUGUGCAAGACACAGGCUUUCAGACACAUCAUAUUCAACACAAGCUUGAAUAUCCACUGGAAGUUGUGUGUGUUCUGCCUGCUGUGUGAGGCGUACCUCCGGUGGUCUCUGCUUCAUGGCUCGGAGCACAGCAGCGACCCCGCUGACAUCAUCAGGUACACCAAGGAGUGGGACUUCUACAACAUGUUUGGAUUGGCCGCCCUCGAGCUUGCAGCGUUCUGUGUCGGCGUGCUCUGGUUCCUUUGGGUGGUGGUGGGUCGUCUUCAGGGUGGGACCGUCGAGCUGAGCCUCCUCCUCAGAGCCCUGCUGCUGUCCUGCUACGGGAAAGUCCUCCUCAUCCCUGCUGUGAUCUGGGAGCACGACUACUCCCCGCUGUGCCUCGGCCUCAUCAAGCUGUUUGUGCUCACGUCAAACUCUCAGGCGAUCAGAGUGAUCCUGAACAGCAGCAGACGUCUCUCCCUGAUGGCCGUGUGUUUAGGCCUGCUGUCAGAGACCUGUGUGGCUCAGGUCUGUAAGAAGCUGCCAUGGAGCAUCCAGGACGGGCUGACAUUUGAGUGAAUACCUCAUCAGACUGAGAGGAACAGCAGGUAUCUCAGGAAGGAAGAAAAGAUGGAGGAUGUCAGCCUGUGCUAGAGAGGAAGCAAGUUUUGGGGAGCUUUUUGCACUUUGUGUUGGAGGAGACGGAGGAGGACCUUUUUUGUAGUUCUUCUAACUGUGGACGAAAUCCUCUUAAGAGACAUUAUUUAACGUUUUCUUAUUCUCAUUAUAGAGAAGAAACUCUUUCUUCAUUUUGGAAGAAUGACAAGAAGGUGACCUUUUCUUGUUGUUGUUUUUUAAAGGAUGUCAAACUCUC